UGUGGAGCUUAGAAUGGAACGCGAUACAAACAAGAUGGCGGCGAGAAGUUGUUUUCUUUGGAUACGAUGAUAUCGAGCAUCUUCGUUAUCAUUUUAAACAAUCAACUAGCUGCCGUUUUCAGGUGAUGCCAGAUCAUUGAACCUUGACACUCUGAGAAUCUCACAGAGCCUAAUAUGGACAACUAUCAUGUACUGGACAUUAUUGGGGAGGGAUCAUUUGGCAAGGUGUACAAAGGCAGGAAAAAGUACACAGGCCAGAUUGUUGCCCUCAAGUUUAUCCCCAAGUUCGGCAAGUCGGAGAAGGAACUGAGGAGUUUGCGUCGGGAAAUUGAGAUCAUGCGUGGCCUCCAUCACGACAACAUCAUUGAGAUGUUAGAUAGUUUCGAAACAGAUAAGGAGGUUGUUGUGGUGACAGACUAUGCACAGGGGGAAUUGUUUCAGAUCCUCGAAGAUGAUGGGAAUCUACCCGAAGAACAGGUUCAGCUGAUCGCCUGUCACCUUGUGUCCGCCCUGUUCUACCUCCACUCCCACCGUAUCCUCCAUCGUGACAUGAAGCCCCAGAAUAUCCUGCUGGGCAAGGGAGGAUGUGUCAAGCUGUGUGAUUUUGGUUUCGCUCGGGCCAUGAGUUUCAACACGUUUGUCCUCACGUCUAUAAAGGGUACCCCACUGUACAUGUCCCCGGAGCUGGUGGAGGAGAAACCCUAUGAUCACACAGCAGAUCUGUGGGCUCUUGGCUGUAUCCUGUAUGAGCUGUUCACUGGGGCGCCACCGUUCUACACAAACAGCAUCUUCCAGCUUGUCAACAUGAUCAUCAAGGACCCGGUCAAGUGGCCCAAGAACAUGAGCGUUCCCUUCAAGGACUUCCUCCAGGGUCUGCUGAACAAGAACCCCCGUCAGAGACUGUCCUGGCCAGAGCUGCUUCACCACCCCUGGGUGUCGGAGGGCAUUAAAGUAAAUGAGGAAGAUGCCAAGAUAGAGAGCCCGUUCACCCAGCCCCUGUCAGCCUCCAUGAUGCUGAAGAAGGAACAGCAGGCCAAAGAGAAGGCCCACCCACCCGGCACCUCCAAGAUCCUCGCCAAGGCCAGGAAGAAGGCCAUGGAGGAAGAGAAGAAGAAAUCAACUAAGGAGACUCGCCCCCAGGCAUGGGGUGACAAGAGAGAAGGAACUGCCCCAGAGCCGAUGCCCAUCCACCCAGACAGGCCCCACUCACAACAGUGGGAGGAUAACGGCACUUCCAAGAGCUGUAAAAAGAAAUAUAUGGGGAAAAAUCACAGUGACAAAAUGAAUGUGGACCCUACUCCACGACCUAACAGAAUCAGCCAGGAUUAUAAAAAAGAGUAUCCGAGUAUUGAGAUUGAGGGGCGUCGUACCAUCAAGAGGAAGAACUCUAUUCCAGAGAAGAAGAAGAACAUCGAGAAUGUCAAGCUAGAAGGAGAAGAGGAAGUGGACAGUGAGGACGAGUGGGCCGUGGUGAUCGAGACAACGGACCAGGAGGGCGACCCGGACGUUGCCCUUCAGUUCCUCCAGGACACAAAGUUCAUCUCCAAGUUGGACGCUCGGCUCAAGAGCAGCUCGGCUCAAGUCCAGGACGGAAUGCUUGAGGGAGCAGCCAGACUCAGGACAGCCUUACGGGUCCUCACAAACCUUGUCACACUCAAAUGCGACGUGUUCAAGGUUCUGUCAUUUGUCAAGUCCAUGUCCGUGCCAGGCCAAGUGUUUGAUAUCCUCACCCAGAUCUUGGAAAAACCCAAAGUCAAACAGCAACCCUGGUGCCAGCAGAUCCUGAUAGACCUGGUCAUCACGGUCAAUGCCUACUUUGCCAGCGAGAUCAGCUGGAGUGACAGGGUCGGCAAGGAAGUAGCCCAGGAAUUCCUGUCCAACAUGCUGCAGUUCCUGGGGCUGGUGCCGAAGCUGCUGUCUCUCCAGAUAGAUGAGGAUCUGAGACUCCGGGAACAAACCCUGCUGUGUACAGUGUAUCUGAGUGAGGCGAUGGACAGGAAGUGUCUAGGAAUUGCCAACCAGUAUUUUCUAGCAGUCGCCUCUAAACACACUGCCACCAUUGACAAGCUGCUGGACUGUACCCAUGCAGACCCUCCAGCCCUGAAGAAACUCACAGAGCUAGCGGAGGGUGACGAGGAGGCUGCCGCUGACCGCUACGAGCACCUGAUCCACUUGUCUGUGGGCAGUCUCUCAUCCCUCGUCUUCGUGGUGCUCGAGGCGCAGGAGGGAGUGGACGGCAAAAGAAAGAUUGCCCACUACCUGGGAGAGAAGUUUGCCACUGCUGGCUUUGAGGGGUCUGCUGAUGAAUUCCUCCUACUGUUACGACACCCGUCUGCCUGUAGCACCAUCCUCAAGGUGGUGUACAACUGCUGCCAGACCUCCCACAACUUCUGCUCCUUCAUGGCCAACAACGUGCACCACAUUGAGUCUCUCAUCGGCAUCCUCAUGGGCAAGGUUGAGGUGGCGGACAUGGAAGUGAACACCGUGACGGAGAUGGUCCUCCACUCCCUCAGCACCAUCAUCAUACAGCUCCACACCAUACCGCCUGUGAUAGCGGACACUGCUGGCAUGAUGGUGUCGUUCUUCCUGGACUCCACUGUAGCCAGUCACACAGCUGCGGCGGCGCUGUUGUUCAGUCAGAUGGUGUACUGUGGUGUGUCCGUGGAGGUGCAGCCCGAGGACAUGCUGCAGGCGUGUCUGUCAGUCUUCACGGACCUAGCUCAGAUCUGUGUGCGAUGUCCCUUUGACUAUGGUGUCCUUGACGGCCUGUUGCUGCUGCUGUGUGAACUCCUAGCUCAGUCGGACGUGCCGGUGGCCCAGCUGUACAUUGAGAGUGGGAUCUGGGGCACGCUGUGGCACCGUGUGGCCCAGGCCCUGCAGGUGCACAACCCAGAGACCAACAUGCCCAUCCAUGACAUCGAGGCCGACGGGGACUCAGCCCCCGGGUUUGUACCCCCAGACUGGGGCCUCGUGUCCCCCCAGGGGCUGAUGGCAGCACUGCAGAUGGCUGUCUCGGUCUUUGCUAAGGAGACAUACCAGUGUAUACCCAACCUGGCUGCAUCUGACAGCGUGGUGAUGCUCACGCUGGUACACGUGCUACACAAGGAGUUUCUAGCCCUCGUGGCGUCUGAUUUUGGUUCUGAAGGCAAACAGCUUGCUGUUGACAUGCUGUUGGAGAUCACUCAGCUGUGCUGUUUCCCCUUUGCUGUGGAUGCUAACGAGGAACUUCUUGCAGAGAUACAACAUUGCCUGUACACAUGUGACCUCCUGCCCCGACUGGUGGCCGGCUGUACCUGCUAUCUGACCAAGGAGAACCUCGAGACCCCCAUGGGCCUCAUUGCCAGACUCGUGCUCGCUAACAGGAUAUUUGUGGAACAGUUCGCCUCAGCUAUUAAGGAAGAGAAGACUGUUUCCUUCCUGGUGACUGUCGUCCAGGAAGACCACCCAAUCUCCGUCGUCUGUGACGCCAUCACUAUCUGCAGCCACCUGGUCAGAAUGUCUCCGCAACAUCUCUCGCUCGUCAAGUCAGUCUUUCUGGGUAAUAAAGGUGACUAUGAACCCCUGGUCAAGAUGAUCACCAACGUGUCCACAGCUGUCCGAUCUCGGACAUGUAGCUUGCUGGGUAAUCUGAUGAAACAUGAUGCUCAGAUGUACCCUGUCCUCAAACAAAGAGACAAAAUACUGGCAGGAUUGAUAGCUCGGCUCCAAGAUGAAGAUUCAAAUGUCAGAAAGGGAGCCAGCUAUGCUGUGGGUAAUGCUGGGUAUCACAGCGGGGACCUGUACACCAAGUUGAAGCCUGCCAUCCCUCACCUGGUCCGACUACUCCGAGAUCCUCUCACCAAGACCAAGUCUAAUGCAGCCAGUGCCUGUGGGAAUCUCGGGAUGCACUCUCCUGUCCUGGUUCCAGACAUCAAACAACACAAGGUCAUAGAACAUCUCAUCGAUGUGGCAUGCUCUGACAAUCACCCCAGUGUCCAGACCAACACUCUCCUAGCCCUACGCAGUCUGGCACAGCAGGAACUACUCAGGAAGGAAAUGGUGUCCCUAAAUGCAGUCGGCAAGCUAUGUGACCUGACUGCAGCCAGCACCCCCAGGCCCAUCUCCGCCCUCUCCCGCCCUGCCUCCCAGAUGUCAGGGCGGGGCAGCAGCCUCAGCAUGCAGGGAGGGGGAGACUACAACAUCUCCUCUCAGUGUAACAAACUCAUACGUCUACUACAAGGCAGCUAGUAGUUGCAAUCUGGUGUGUAGUAGGCACUGCCAUUAUCCACGUACAUGGACCCAUGUACAGUAUUGGUUCAAGAACACCUACCAUACAUUAUAGGGAAAGCCUGUAUGGUUGCAGUGCUGUACAUAGGUUUGUUUGGCAAUGUCAAGCAGAACGAACUGUCACAAUAAAAUAUCGGGUAAAAUGAUGAAUGAAUUCAGGUAAAAAUAAUUUAAUAUUGGUGUUUGCAAGUCAUAAACAAAGGACUGAAUGACCUUUGUAACAGACUGCUCAGUAUUACUGGUAUACUGCAAUACGCUUUUCAAAUGAUACGUAUUGCAAUAUUUUGUCUGUUCUGGUAUAUUGGGGAAAAAGAAAUGUGAAAAUAUUGUUUCUCUCGUUUAACCUUAAAUCUACACAGAAGUUCAUUCACAUAUGAUGUUUCCCUGCGAGAUUGAUCAAUUCGGGGAGUGAUAUUUCUCUCACAUUGUUAUCUCCCCUGUGUAGACGUUUAUAAAAUGAUGACGACUGACCAUGCUGAGAAAUAUUUACUUAAGUGUGUAGAAAAUAGGAUCUGCGUGUACAAUCAGUGUCACUCACUGUCAGCCACUCUAUGUCCCAAUAUAUCGCAAUACGUAUUGCGAUACAGAUACCUGUAUCGCAGUAUAUUGCAAUACAAUAUUUUUGCCCGAAUCAACACCUUUUUCAUUCUGAGAGUUCCGUGGUGCGAAACAGAUGAGACAAAAGUGAGAAAGCAGCCAAAGGUCACUGUGUGAUUAGAGGACGACCCCGACUGGACGUGUCAUGCCGCAGUUGUGAACAAAUCGUACCAGGCCACAAUCUUUGAAGAAAGCGUCAAGGGAUGAUACAGCCAUGUUUGAAUGGAAGAAAUGAAUUGCAUGCAGUGCCAUCCUUGACUAAAACAUGUCCUGUUCCACGUUUAUGCAUGAACCAUGUGUGACUGAUGAGAGCUGCCAUACUGUUCAGAAUCUCAUAGAUUUAUAUAUUAUUCCCUGACAAAAUGUGGCAAGAUUAUGUCAACCUUGCGUGGUAACCUCUGUACAUUAAUGUGUUUAUUCCAUCCAUACACAAAUUCCCUCCAAUGUCACACAUAGAGAGUUUGUUUUCGCAUAGCUGUUUAUAUACUACUCAACUCUUGAUAGGGAUAGUCAGAUAUGUCAUUCUAUUAAUAAUCCACAACAUAUCAUAAGAAUCUGUUUUGUGUGUCAUGGAAAGAUAAAAAUAUCACUAUCCAAAGUUGAGUAGUAUUUUUAAGAUGUUGACGAUGUUUGUGACGUGUUUGUUAAGUCACAUGCUGUAAAAUCCCUCCAAGAUGUCAUGUUAUGUCAUGUACUCUAUCACACAUUCCACCAGAACCAUCACCAUUAUGUUAAAAGAUUUUGAAGAUUUUACACGAGCUUCCGUCCACAAGAAGAAAUACUUGAUGUGCUUUAGCAAUAUUCCUGGUACCUUUUUGUAAUAAUUCAUCUUGUACAUGUUAAUAUUACAGUACCUGUCACAAUCACUGAGUGUGAGAAAUAUUCUAUCAUAAUUAACUGCAUAAUAUACAAUACCAGAGUUCCAGAUCAGUUCUUACUCUAGGACAUUGACUGAUCGUGAUCCAAUUGUCCUAAACACUCAGUUCAAAUUUGGUAAUAAUAUUAAAGAAUGUCCCAUCAAAACUUGAUAACAUCAUGAAAAUGUCAUACCAUUUGUGUCCAGCUACGUCACUGCAUACCAUAAUUACUGUAAUCAGCUAUGUCACUGCAUACCAUAAUUACUGUAAUCAACUACGUCAACGUAUUCAGCAUCCUUUCUGGUGCACACACGACAUUAUCCAUGUCUUACCUGGACUGGGAAAGGGGCACCACAACAUGCAGUAUAGUCCCCGUAUAAUGUCACCACAACUAAUUACCUGUAGCACAACAAGCACCCUCACCACCUACACAUCCCCCCUACUCUGUUCCUAGCCUUGCUUCCAUCAAUUUAUAUGCUGAAUCUUCUCUAGUCUUGCAUAAUUGGGAGACAUUCCCACUCCUCCUGUGGUGUGUAAACACUAUUCCAAAAGCGAUGCCAUAUUUUCUUAAGUAUAGUGCACACUUGUUUUCCAAAAACCACAGCUGUGUAGAAGGGUAUGACACAUGGCAAACAAAGGAACAUCAGUUGACAUGGAAAUGAAAAGCAAUACAAUCAGAUGGAGAACUUAAAUAGCAAAGUUAUUGUGCUGAUGCAACCACAACUUCUCUAGUUAUAUAUAUAGGAAUAUGGCCCAUAGGAUUCUACAUUGAUGUAUGAUAUAUCUAUGGUGUUGUACUGGUCCCUGGUAUUUAUCAUUAGACUGGAUCAAAUACACUGGAUAAUGCAGGAUGGGGCAUAGUUUGAACAAAGUUCCUGUUGAGUGUUAAAUUGUGCCUGAAAUAUUCAAACCAGUAUGGUACCAGGGCACACUUGCACAAAGCAAUCUUAGCGCUAAGACUAUCGUAAGCCUAUGUUAAAGUAUGGGAGUUAGCACUAAGAUUGCUUUGUGCAAGUGGCCCUGAACAGGCAUGAUGAUGGUAUGGGACCUUAGUUUAUGGCCUCGAGAAGAUUUCAAUCACUGGAUUAUCUGGUCCAGAUUUUAUUAUUUACAGACCAAUGUCAUAUAGCUGGAAUAUUGCUGAGGGCGGCGUUGAACAACAAACCAACAAAAAUUCAUUGUUCAUACAAACUGAAAUCCUAUGAGAGAUGUUUUUCUGCUAUUUUUAUGGACAAUUUUCAUCAUACUCUUCAUCUGUGAUGUUUGAAGUAUAUGAUACAUUGAUUAUUCAUGUAUUCUGUUUUGAUGUUGAGGUUGGCAAAGCGAGUUUUGUACAUUCCAUAGCGAAAUAAAUCAUUCACUGAGCAAACCACA